CCAACACAGCGCGGACGGACCCUCCGUCUCCACCUCGCUGCUGCUCUCCCCUCUUCGUCUCGUCCACCUUCUCGUCGUCCUCCCCCCCCACCUCCACUCUCCUACACCUACCUCACUCGUCCGUCUUCACCACCACCACCGUCUCCUCGUCGCCUCGUUGAGCGGCUAGAAGACUUUUGACAGCCGAGAGGAGAGGCCUGGUCGCGACAUACACUCGAGUGAGGAAUGGCGUGCGCGGUGGCAUCCGUCCCAGCCAUCGCCUCCAACCUGGAGCCAAGCGGGGACUUCCCGGCGUGGCUGGAGACGCAGGGCGUGAACGCGGAGGUGGCCCGGGCCAUGGACUCUGAGCUGGGUAUCCGGGACUACGGGGUCCUGCGCGCCUGCGUCAGGGACGGUCUCGUGCGUGCCGAGCUGCUGGCCGCGGCGCGCGACCGCCUGCCCUUCGGCUUCUACGCCGUGCUGCGGCAGGUGGUGAAGGCCCUGCAGGACACCGAGCCCCACGACGGCGCCGGGACACCACGCUGGGACGACGAUGCGGCCGCCUCCUCCCCUGGUGACAUGACGCUGGGAGGGCUGGUGGAAGUGCUGCUCGCGUUGCUCAGCGGUUUGAGCCGGGAGCUGCUGCUGUCCAUGCGGAGGCUGGGAGGUGGUAGUGGUGGUGAUGGCGGCGGUGGCUGCGGUGAUGGCAGUGGGAAUGGAGGAGAUGGACGGGUCUUUUCUGGGGACUUCCUGCCAGACCCGGAGGGACUCGCAUCUGAUUCAAGGGUGGCUGAUGAGGAGGGCACAGCAAGCGUGAAGAAUGAGUACUCGGGCUAUGAUGCCACCACAGUGUUUGCCAACGCUGAACACCGCUCGCCAACACAAAUGGAAGACUACGAUGAACACUACUACAAUCACCUGUCCGAGGAACCUCGGCAGACCUCAACCACAGCUGUUGACGGGAACAGCCCUAAUGGCGUGGCUCACAACAUCAAACUGGAGAUGUUUGAAGAGGCCACCACAGUGUUUGCCAACGCUGAACACCGCUCGCCAACACAUAUGGAAGACUACGAUGAACACUACUACAAUCACCUGUCCGAGGAACCUCGGCAGAACCCAACCACAGCUCUUGACGGGAACAGCCCCAAUGGCGUGGCUCACAACAUCAAACUGGAGACGUUUGAAGGGGAGGAGUCGAGGCCAGUGCUGGGAGGAGAGGGGAGCGGCCGCCUACGCUGGGAGGACACGGAGGCCCACCACUCAGUGGCAGCAGGGACAGCAGCAAACAGCGGAUCCCAGCUUGCAGGUAAACUGUUGGACAAAACCCCCCCAGGCUAUGUCAAGGAUGACAGACACACACCAGCAGAAUCGCUUGUGCCUCAUCCCAACCAAUUCGACCGCCAAUGGCGGCAACAGCAGCAGGAACCGCAGCAUCAGGUGAUGGGCGAAAACCGGGUUAACACCGAUUGUGCCGCAAAUAGCACCACCGCAAGCCCACGGCUCCCCGCCAGCUGGCGCGCAGCCGUCAUCACCGCAGCCGCUAGACGACGCAGCCGGGAGCCCGGUGACGGAAUUAUCGGCGUUGGUGGUGGCGUUGGCAUCGGCGGUGUCGGAGCCGGCAGGGGCGGGGAACGGCGCUUCGAAUGCGCGCAGUGUGGCCGGCGCUUAUCCCGUUACGAGGCGCUGGUGUUCCACAUGCGCACGCACACGGGCGAACAACCCUUCAGCUGUGAUGUGUGCGGCCGUGCCUUUUCGCUGCACUCGAACCUCAAGGUGCACCGGCGGACCCACACGGGCGAGCGCCCGCACCGAUGCGACGUGUGCGGCCGUGGAUUUGCCUACCGCUCCAGCUGGAAGAGGCACCAGCGUACGCACGACCACAUAUAAAUGAUGCAACAGCUACCAACGACGGUGCCACCGCCGUUGCAGACGAUGGCGCAGCGCCAGCAUGGCGAUCGUACACUCUAGACCUCCGCUUCGUGAGUUUCGACAAUAACGGACUCCCAGUGCGUGCCACACGGACAGUAUGCCGUAUUUCCAAUGAGCCAGCAAUCGGCAUACAGGUUUCUGUUAUACAUUCCGUGUUGCACCAAAGAAAGUAAAAAUUUCAAAGCAAUACGAGCAGAACAAUGACCCUGUCAUUGAUCAAGCUCUGCUUGACUUAUUAAAUGAGGCUAGACGCCAAGAGCGGUGUGGUACAGCAGAGGGCCUCAACUUCACAGAUUCCAGCCGCAAGGCCUGGAACCUGCUCCGCACUCUUGGUACUGCAAAAUCAACAGCCUCCCAAACCCCAGGAGUCACAGCAGACACCAUUGGUGCUCACAUUCUCCAGAGAACACAAUGGACCCUCAAAAUGGAGGAGGUAUAGAAGCCAUCCACAACCUCACCCCAGAGGCCCUGGAUUGGAUAAAGAAUUAUGACAUGAACCUUUGACAACUUGCUGCUCCCCUACAAUGUCUGCUCGUCUGCAGGAAUUCAUGACAGAAGAAGAAGCACAAGCACGAUUGACCUAUUGAACACAGAUCAUGUGAUUAAUGAUGCAGUAAAACAAAUUAAACAUGUGCUUGGUUGCUAGUUUAUGCUGUUGACAAAAUAACAUCGACCCACGGUGAUACAGUGAUCUAAAUGACAUGCCCCCGUGUGCGAAAAGCUGUGAAUUCAAUGCCUGACAUUUUGUCUGGCGCCGCUAUUGCUGGUUUGAAGUUUACUGGCGCGUGCAUAUACCAACUUACAUUGGUUCAGUAGAGCCAGCUUCCACAAUGCACUUAUAUUCAAAGGUGUGGCAGUUAUGCCACAGUGAUAUCACUAGAGGCAUGUCAAAGCUUGGAAGUCGCGUCACUGAUUUUCAAUUAAAUGUUUUCAUUCACAAAGGUUGAAAGUCACGUAAGAAAGAGAGACUGGAGUAUAUAGUCUAGAUAUGUAACUUCCAGAUAACAGCUGACAACUGGAUUUCUUUGGCAUGUUUUUUUCACAACAUGACAGUAGUCGGAUUUUGUGGCUCGUUUGACCGAUGGGCAUUGCUUGUCUUCACUCGUGGUUCAGAGGCAGUGCUGGAAAUUGCAUGUUCCUUUUGUAAGACUCUGGCUUUGCGUAGCAAAAUAAGAUCCACAGGUGACUUCCCACAGAGUGAUAAAAGUCACGCAUUGUUCAGGUGAGGUCCAGUCAAAAAUGUACACAUUACGUUGGCCAGGCUCCGUCCAUUUUUAAAGCAUCCACGAUAUAACAUCCAUACUGAAAUUUCCAAGUUACAGUCAGUCCCAUCUCUCCUUAACACCGAAGCUGAUGUUGCCUUCGCCUUUGCCCAGUUUUGCAGGCUGAUUAAGUGCUGCUGAUUCUACUGAUAUUUGAGAGGUGAGAAUAAUGAUAGUGACAAUGAAGAUGGUGAUUUUACGGUCUUGGAUAGAGGUGAUGAUGCUGAUGAUUAUGGUGAUGAGACAAGAGUUGAUCUUGACUGGAAUUUUUGCCCACAAUCUUGCGAUUGUGAAUCCAGAACUUUCUAGCAAGUGUGUUAUUAAGUUACAUUUUCUUGGUAAAUAAAAAAAUACAGACGAAAACUAACCAAGGUAACACCGAAAAUUAAGCUACACAAAAAGGAAAAUGUAUCUUCCAUAUAAAACGUAAACAUGGUAAUCUCAUAAUUAGUUACUUUUGAGUUACUGUAGAUUAUGUAAGUAUAAUAAAAUGUGUAGCUAUACCAUCUGCCAUCCAACAGCCAAACAAAUCAAGUUGUCGCAAAUUAAGCCAAAUAUUUUCAGCAACCCGGAAUGUUGAAAAGCAAGCAAAAGUUUGACAAUUGUGUAAUGCCGGUUCAUCCCGUCAUUCGGGUAAUCAGGGGAGUAAGCCUAGUGAAACUCCGGUAUAUCCCGUCAUUCGGGUAGUUAAGGGAGCGAGCCUACUACGGAGUGCCAGAAGGAGGGCAUAGCCAAAGGGCGGAGAAAGGCCCCGCUAGGGGUAUAAUAGGGCAGCGUGGAUACGGUAAAGGGUUGUCAUUGUGGGUAACACUCGGUGGGUCGGGUUGGGCUCUUCAAUAGCCUUGUGUGUAAGGGGGUUACAUAGUGUUAUACAGUGUUACAUAGGGGUAGUUACGUUUACACCAAUUACAGAACCCGUCCCGUAAGGGAAGUGUUAAUAAAAGACUCGCCUCAACUCAUGUAGUGUGUAUGUCUUUAUUGAAGCACUACAAGUGGUGUCAGGAGUUACAAUAGUUGGUGAGGGCGUAGGCUACCAAUGUUAACAAGAAAGAAGCAAUUUACAAGGUCGGACGAGGACAACCAUGACGACGGUACUCCACCACCAGCGACCCGGGCUGCUCAAGACCAGGAAAUGGAGCAGCACGCUGAUACGCCGGUGACGCGGGGAGACGACCGACCUCCCAUGGGAGACCUGGCCGCCGUCACUGCUUUGGCCGCCCUAAUGCAGAGGGAGGACGACGAGGGGACACCCGUGCAGCGUCCCGGAACCUCAACCGCAGCCACUUCCCGCGCGUGGGAAACCGGAAGGACGCAAGCCGCGCAAGCGGCCGCCAUUUUGAACAGCGGGUGGGAAACGGCUUCCGCCAAUUUGCAAGACCCGCCGACGGCACUGAACACAGAUAUUGCACUCAAGAAGAGGCUGCCCUUCGUCAAAGAAUUCACAGCUACUGGCGGCGAUUGGGAAGCUUUUCGACGCCGUUUUACUGCCGCUUAUAAGUUAGCUAAUUGGACUGAGGAGGAGGCGCUACGUGUGCUACCGGCGGCGCUGGACGACGACGGUCUGGCGGCCUUCAACGCUAUUCCUGGCACAAGCCCUUGCCCAGAUGGCGCUCAUCUACGCUCCUCAGUCCCACAAGUGCCACAAGUUCGCCACGCGGAGGCGAGGAGAGACUGAGAUGCCACUUGCCUUCCGCAGCACGCUUCUGGCACUGGCGAAGUCAGCCUACCCCGGAAUGGACCAGGUCGGCAGGGACUCGCUGGUCCUGGAGAAGAUGCUCCAGCUCGCCCAAGAACUACAGGUCCUGCUACCUGCGACCAACGAUGACGUCCUCCUCGCUCAGGAUCGCAUGGUGCCUGGAGGCACACUUCAGCUCUGACUUGGCUGCUGGAAUCCUAGCCGUCGGGGAAGACAGAACAUCUCAAGGAGCCUAGACUUCCUUCUCCGGGGGUAGGGGAAGGAGGGCCGACGAUCAUGGACGUCCUAGGGAUCCUUCUCUUCGCCAGAGCGAUGGGCCGGUGGUGUGCUUUAAAUGCGGCCUGCCGGGACACGUCUCCAUCGGCUGCCACGCUCCACGACCAAGACCUCCUACGACGCUGCAGUUCUACAACCGACCCUCCUCUCAUCGAGACCCACAGGCAAGUCGUGGUGCACCCCACACACAGCCAAAUCACCCACCUCAUGCAUGGGGGUCGCGGAUCGUCGGACCGUGUCGGGGUGGGCCGAGCUGUUACGGGUGCAGGGUGGCCACGGCGUCCCGCACAAUUACACGCCUUGAGUCGCCGCGUUAUUGCCGCGGCAGCAGGGUCGUCCGCUGUCAUAGGGACAAUUGAGGGGAUUGAGGUACGCCUACUUGUGGACACAGGUGCAUCGGCGACAAUCAUUUCGGAAAUUAUUUACGAUUUGCCGCCAAAAUAUCGCGCCAUUUCGCCUGUUAAUAUUCCGUGUUUCACCGCGAACGGUAAGUCAUUAGGGAUCAUUGGUCAGUUAAUGGCUACAGUGUGCGUCGGCGACAUCAGCUGGACGGGUCCUGUGCUUGUUUCCACCUCCAUCGCAGUAACUUGCCUGUUGGGAACGGAUUUUUUAGCCAAAUGCCGCUGAAGAUCCUUAUUGAUCAAGGCAGCAUAGAAUUACCUUCGGCUCGCCGGAUGGCAUUUUUAACAUUGCCAACUGUAUUCCGCACGGCAAAUACAUCUGUUCCGACAAUAGCCAGCCGUACCGUUAAAACCCCCCCCGGCGCACAAAUGUUAAUUCCCCUGCGAUUAAAGAAACAACUUGACAGCAAAAAUUCAAAGAAAGGGAUGUUGUUGGUUCCUUCCAACAAUGCGGCUCGGGGCAAACCCUUAUUGUUUGCGCAGACCUUGGUGGCAAAUAAUCAAGACCCAUUUAUCCAGGUUUUAAAUACCAGUUCGGUCGCAUCAAUCAUACAAGAGGGUUCUGUUUUAGCUCAUGCGUCGACCGCGUCUUGUGAUUUUGAAAUUGGCGGGAACGGAGCCAUCGCAAGCAGCUGCUGGGCAGACUGAGCAACAUGAUGUGGCACCUGAACAGAGGCUUGAAUUGCGUGCGCUUCUGGAAGAGUUCGACGAUGUUUUCAGUAAAUUUAAAUUUGACAUUGGCUGCACACCUCUGUUACACCAUCUUAUUGAGACAGGAGAAUUCCGCACCCAUUCGGCAAAAUCUGUACAGAUUAAGCCCUAGAAAGAAGGACUAUGUGCGCUGUGCGGUUGACAAAUUAUCUCCCCGUCAAACACCUCGUGGGGGCCCCCCAUCGUGCUUGUUAAAAAGCAAAAUGGGAGUCUAUGCUUUUGUGUCGAUUUCGGGUACGUUCUGGAUAAAGGAGCCCCAGAACGCCUCACAGACCAGGGAAAAAUUUAAUCUUCUAAAUUACUCAAGAAAUUGUGCUGCCUGUUGGGCACAAAAAAAGUCCGUACCUCACCUUAUCACCCUUAGACCGAUGGCAUGGUGGAAUGCUUACACAGGAUGCUAACAUCCAUGCUGUGCCACCAGGUCACUGAAGAUCAGUCUGAGACCUGCACAUUCCUAGUGUCCUCGCUGUGUACAGAUUGGCCUCGCACGCAUGCACCAGCUUCUCGACAUUUUUUCUCAUGUAUGGGAGGGAGUAUGAUCCACCCAUCGAGGUUCAAUUGAACCUGACCUGGGAAAGAGUAAACUCGCCGACCCCAUGCACCAUACCCUCAAGCGCUUGUCAGAGGCUCAGGAGGCCUCUUGGGGAAAUUCGGGCCGGAGGCAAGCCGCAAAUGAACGCCUGGUUGCUCUCCGUGAAUCUGGGACUAAAUGGGAGCCGGGUGAUAAGGCAUGGCUACACUGCCCCCGAGUUCCGGUGGGUACAUCCCCAAAAUUGUACAAGCCUUGGCAGGGUCCCGUAACAAUCAUUGAGGUAGCAAACCUGCAGAGUGUACACAUUCAGAUCGGUCGCAGGCGCUGGUUCGGGCAUGCGUCGCGACUCAAACCUUUUUAUCCGCCCCACGGUGUCGCGUCAUCUCCACUAACAGACGGCUGUGUGUCAGGUGCACCCGGCGAGCGGGGCCAUGAACUAGGGGGCGUUGUCCCUCAGGCGUCUGCGGACUCUCUGCCCACAGGAUCCCAGUGCUUAAGGACCCCGGAGCGACCGGCUCCUCCUGCAAGAGGCGGAUUGCCUCCGAUGUCUCCUCAUCCUUGCCGUCCUCCAGAGAAGACCAACCCAUCAGGACCACUUCUACCUGUCCCUGGAGGACCAGCGACAAGGACACGCUCGAAAACCAGCCGUUUAAAGUGACUCAUGUUCACUGGAGUGACAAGUCCUACUACCGCCGGAUUACGUUCUGUACUUCUUGUUGUCAUUGUAGGCUGGUUACAGCCAGGGUCGGCUGUCUUUUGUAAAGGGGGGGGGGGGGGGGGUAGUGUGAUGCCAGUUCAUCCCGUCAUUCGGGUAAUUAAGGGAGCGAGCCUGCUGCAGAGUGCCAGAAGGAGGGCGUAGCCAGAGGGCAGGGGGAAGGCCCCGCUAGGGGGAUAAAAGGGCAGCGUGGAUACGGUAAAGGGUCAUCAUUGUGGGUAACACUCGGUGGGUCGGGUCACGUCGUCGGGUUGGGAUCUUCAAUAGCCUCGUGUGUAAGGGGAUUACAUAGUGUUACAAAGUGUUACAUAGGGGUAGUUACGUUUAUACCAAUUAUAGAACCCGUCCCAUAAGGGAAGUGUUAAUAAAAGACUCGCCUCAA